GCUGUGCGCAAACAGUAAUAUUCACUUAUGUCUAUGUGUGCAGAAAUGUAAGUUAUGUUUCCUGUAACGUUAACCUUAACUGCGAAUCGAAACUUCAGCGUCCAUGGAGAGUGAUGAGAGUGACAACCAGGAUCCCCAGCGGCCGGUGGUGGUCACAGCGGGAGCGGACAGCUCCGGGCCGGGCGGCGGUCUCAGCAGCCUCCGCGCACUCACCGGCUGCGUCCUGUGCGUCCUGAUCGUCUCCACCCUUCUGGGUAACACUCUGGUGUGCGCCGCGGUGAUUAAAUUCCGCCACCUGCGCUCCAAAGUCACCAACUCCUUCGUGAUCUCUCUGGCGGUGUCCGACCUGUUCGUGGCCGUGCUCGUGAUGCCCUGGAGGGCUGUCUCCGAGGUCGCAGGCGUCUGGCUCUUCGGACGCUUCUGCGACACGUGGGUGGCCUUCGACAUCAUGUGCUCCACCGCGUCCAUCCUCAACCUGUGCAUCAUCAGCAUGGACCGCUACUGGGCCAUCUCCAGCCCCUUCAAGUACGAGCGCAAAAUGACGCGCAGGUUCGCCUUUCUGAUGAUCGGUGUCGCCUGGACGCUCUCCAUCCUCAUCUCCUUCAUCCCCGUGCAGCUCAACUGGCACCGCGCGAACGCUGACAACUCCACGACGGACAACCCGGAUGACUGCAACGCCAGCCUGAACCGGACCUACGCCAUCUCCUCGUCCCUCAUAAGCUUCUACAUUCCCGUGGUGAUAAUGGUGGGGACUUACACGCGUAUUUUCCGCAUCGCGCAAACCCAAAUCAGACGGAUCUCGUCUUUGGAGCGGGCGGCAGGGCCCCGUGCGCAAAACCAUCGUCACCGCGCAUCAACGCACGACGAAAGCUCGCUGAAAACGUCCUUUAAGAGAGAAACGAAAGUCUUAAAGACUCUGUCCAUCAUCAUGGGAGUGUUUGUGUUCUGCUGGCUGCCGUUUUUUGUGCUGAACUGCGUGGUGCCGUUCUGCGACCUGGACACGCUCGGCGAGCCGCCUUGCGUCAGCGACACCACCUUCAGCAUCUUCGUGUGGUUCGGCUGGGCCAACUCAUCGCUGAACCCUGUCAUUUAUGCCUUCAACGCCGACUUCAGGAAGGCCUUCUCCACCAUCCUGGGCUGUAACAAGUACUGCUCCAGCUCCACGGUGGAGGCCGUGGACUUCAGCAACGAGCUGGUGUCUUAUCACCACGACACAACCAUGCAGAAGGAAGUCUGCGCCAUGCCGGGCGCCGGAGCGCAGAGAAUCCUGCAGCUGCCUCACACAGAUGGAGAUCUGGGGCAGAACAUUGACAGAGUUUCUGUCAUUUCGGACGAUUCCCGCAACCACAGCAACUUACUGCUGCCUGCGAUUCUGCAGUAUGAGUGCGAGGCGGAAAUUUCUUUAGACAUGUUGCCCUUUAACUCCUCCGGACCCGUCGACUGUUAUAAUAUCCCGGGUCAAAUCCAGGACCUGUGAGCAACCCUGAACAAUAAAAACUCAACAUUUCCUGCAUGAUGCAGAGUCCCCUGCACAGUUUCCAUUAGAGCUGCAACAAAUAAUU